AUGCAGCUCAACCGACCUAUUGACUUUACCCUAGAUUUAGUACCUGGAACUACACCUAUUACGAAAGCUCCAUAUAGAAUGGCUCCAGCAGAAAUGAGUGAGUUGAAAGGUCAAUUAGAGGAUUUUCUAGAGAAGGGUUAUAUCAGACCUAGUGCAUCACCAUGGGGAGCACCAGUCUUGUUUGUGAAGAAGAAGGAUGGAAUGCUAACUCUACCAGAUGGAGGUGAUACCUACGAUGUGUACAGGGAUGCGUCGAAUAAUGGUUUAGGGUGUGUAUUGAUGUAUAACGAGAAGGUCAUUGUAACUAGCUGUCAUAGUGUUUGCAUUGAAGAUAUGGAGAACUAUCUCUAUGGUGUGAAAUGUAACAUAUUCACAAAACACAAGAGUCUGAAGUACAUUUUUACACAAAAGCACUUGAAUAUGCGUCAAAUAAGAUGGUUGGACUUGAUCAAGGAUUAUGAUUUUGACAUCCAAUAUCACGAGGGGAAAGCCAACGUAGUUUCGGAUGCCUUGAGUAGGAAAUCGACCCAUAGUAUGAAUGUGUUAGUAGUUGCUAACGAGCUGUGCAAGGAUACGCAACAAUUGAAUUUAGAAAUAGUAAAUGGUGAAUGUCUAGAGAGAAUAAUGAAAGCAUUGACUAUCCAACCGUCAUUGUUUUAUGAGAUUAAAGAAAAACAGAAUGAAGAUAUUAAGUUAGAGAAAAUCAUGGAGAAGCUUUUGCAAGGAAAAUAA